AUGGCCCCGUCCCCUUCGCUGCUCCUUCUGCUCAGCCUGGCGCUCCGUUGCUGUGGGAUCCAGGGCCAAGGGAGUGUAUUUGCAGUCAGGUUUUGGGACGGCAAGAUCACGCAGCCCCGGGAAGGGCAGCGCCUGGCGCUGGAAUGUCGGCCGGGGUACAGCAACGUCGGGGUGUCCUGGAUCAAGCAGGACCCGGGGGGCUCCCUUCACUUCAUAGCGUUCGUCAACGCCCUGUCCGGAGUGACCUACAAGGGCAAUGAACGAACGUCCAGACGCUUCGAGGCAGCGAAGCAAAGCAGCUCCUUCCGACUGGUCGUGAAGUCCUUCUCGGAGCAGGACCAGGGCACUUACUUCUGCCUUGUCAACAGCAACCAAAUGCUGCACUUCAGCACUGGCCAAGCUGCCUUCCUCCCAGUGACCACCACGAAGGCACCCACCACGGYGGCACCCACGGCCCGGAGCAACGUCACCCCGACAGAGACCGGCCCGAGGAGCCCGGCGCCAGAGACGAGCAAGGAGACGCUGGACUUCUCCUGCAGCAUUUUCAUCUGGGUGCCCUUGGCCUGCAGCUGCCUGGUUUUCCUCAUUGCCCUGGUGAUCACCAUCGCGCUGUGCCAAAGAACCAAGAGGCGGCGCUGCAAGUGCAAACGGCCUGUAAAGGGGAAGCCCAAGGCGCAGCCCUGCCCGCCAAACCCACGCACAUAAGCGGCUCCAUCUUUCUGCUUCUGGAGUGUCCUCACGGAGAUGCCACCAUGGGAGGCUGGACCUGUGCUCCAGGACUUGCAGUGAGGCUUUCUAAAGGCRGCAAAAAGUUGAAUUUGCCACAGGAAACAUUGCCACUUGGAAACAGGUGGAAAAUACGGAAAUGGAAAAUAACUUGGAAAAUUUGCCACUUGGAAAUAGA